AUGGAUCCCAUGGAUUAUAUGUUACCAAACAACCACAACAGGCCCUCCGGUCAAUACGAUCCUGUGCAUUCUUCCUCGAAUCACUGGUCAUCUCACCCUCAAUCACAAAAUAACCCUCCGUACCCAUGGCCAACACAAAACCCGAGCCUGCCUCAGCUCUACUCGCAUCAUUAUGGCCUACCACCCGGAGCCAACUCCAUUCCAGAUUCGUACAGCCACCAUGCAUCUAUGUUACCACCUAUGUUAGGCCUGUCAUCUUCGAGUGCCUUCUCAGGUGGCAUGCCUGGCCCGAUGCCACCACGACCAAAUGGCCGCAAUCAACCGUAUCGCAACGGUAUGCCAGUCCCCGCCUCGCCAAUAACAUCCGGUACUGGCAAUCACAGUCACCAUGAUACAGCUUUCGCAAAUCAGAUUCCUGCCAAUAGGUCUGAUUUUCAGGCGCCUAUGUUCAAUCUUGGUAUGCCGCCCCUCGGGCCGUCCCAGGAAGUCAAUUCACUGCACCGUUCUGCAUAUUCGCAUGAUUCUGGAGCAAAUAGUAUGAGCCAUAGUAACAACAACAAUUACUUUUCACAUUUUGCACAAGCUCCGCUGCCCCCUCAACCAUAUAACCCGACAUCGUCAAGAAGAGGCCACAUGUUGGCAGCCUCUAUAACGCCCAGGCCUUUCGGUAACAUACCAUCACCAACCAGACCUUCCCCUCCAUCAUCUGGAUUUCGUCGAUCUUAUCCUCGACAACGCAGGUCGGCAUCUCGCAUGAUGGCAACAGAAAUUGGACGUGAAGACGACGAGGAUGAAGGCUACCAGGGCUCUUCUGAGCAUGCCCUUAAUAGUACAGGCAGCUCUGAAUCACCUCCCGAGAUGGAAGAUACUUUCGUUCGACAAAUGCAGCUUGUCAGAGGCUCUGUGUCGACCAAGAUGGUGGCAUCCAAGCUAACAGUUAGGUCGCUCCAAACCGUCAAACUGGAAGAAUUGUCCGAUGCAGACCGAUGUUGUGUCAUUUGCUACAACGAGUAUGGCAUCGAAGCUCCAGAAGGGAUCAAGGAGGUCCCUCUCCGAUUGCCAAAAUGCGGUCACAUUUUCGGUGAUCAUUGUAUCAAGAAGUGGUUUGAAGAUUCGGAUAGCUGUCCGUAUUGCAGGGACAAACUCCACGCGGUCCCCAAAACACAAAGUGGUAGCUCUGCUAGAGCAUAUAUGGAUUUGAUGAGAUUGCGAGGCAUACAUAUUCCCCCUGGCACGUCGUCCGCCAUUGCGGCAGAUGAAGCUCUAAAUCGGGCAGUUCUCGAUAGUUACCUAACCACAGAGCGACAAAAUAUCUCCCCAACUCGACACUCGGGGUCAACAGGAAGAAGAUCACCGCCAGGAGAAGGAAAUGAACACCAGCACCGUCGAAUCCGAGCGCGACAUAGAAUAACUGCAGUGGAUGCUGCAAGACAAUCGGAAACCCGGAAUCGAUCAGUGUCUUUCGAAACGGCCUCACAAACUGCCGUCACUGGAUCCGGACUACCAUCUAUGCAAGAGCAACCUGCACAAUUAUCUACGGGAAGACAUGUUCAAGAGUGGAUGGGGGACAAUGCCCAGGCUGCUAACGAGCCAUCGACGAUCGUACAAGACCACAGCACGGAAACGCAAUUUCGGCCUGGAGCAGCGGCCCUCAGGUCACCAGUGCUGCCUACAUACCCAGUAGAGGCCGUUGAAGGUCAGCAUCCUAGGGUUAGAAGUCUUCGAAGUUCAUUACCAGCACAAACAAGUGCAUCCUUUGAGGAGAGCAUGGAGAGUCCCGAUACUUCACCAGAUCUCACCUACCGCGAAAACCGGCAUUAG